UUCUAACCCGGACCCGCUGCACACUAUGGGACGCUUGAGGCAGAAAGGCAAGGCAGGGGCGGCCAAGGCCUACAUGACUCGUUCUCAAGCCAUCAAAAAGUUGCAGUGUUCACUGGCCGAUUUCAGAAGGUUAUGCAUACUGAAAGGCAUAUUCCCUCGGGAGCCAAAGAAUAAGAAACGUGCCAAUAAAGGCUCGUCUGCUCCGACGACCUUCUACUACGCAAAAGAUAUUGCGUAUAUCGCACACGAGCCAGUCUUGAAGAAGCUUCGGGAGCACAAAGCGUUUGCUAAGAGGUUGUCCCGGGCUUUAGGUCGAGGCGAAUGGAGCAGCGCCAAGAGUCUGGAGGAGAAUAAGCCAGUGUAUCGUUUGGACCACAUUAUCAAGGAGAGAUAUCCCACCUUCAUUGAUGCCGUUAGAGACAUAGACGAUGCUCUGUGCAUGAUAUUUCUUUUCGCCUCAUUACCGUCGACUUCCCGUGUACCGCCCUCUCUGAUCGAAAAUUGUGCACGCCUGGCGGCGGAAUGGCAGUUGUACAUCAUGCACACGAGGUCUCUGCGCAAGGUCUUUUUUUCAAUCAAAGGCGUGUACUAUCAGGCAGAAGUUAUGGACCAGACUGUGACAUGGCUUGUGCCAUAUCAAUUCACGCAAAACAUACCACCAGACGUGGACGUUCGCGUUAUGCUGACGUUCCUUGAACUGUAUCAGACAUUGCUAGGCUUCGUGUUUUUCAAGCUCUACACCGACGUCGGUCUCGUUUACCCUCCACCCUUGGACAUGAAGAAGGACGAGGGGGCCGCCGGACUUGGCGCCUUUAGCCUACAGGAUGCCAACCGAGCGACACUACAGCUUUCCAUCAAAGAAGUUGAUGUCAAUGGCAAAACGAUAUCUAGUCGGGAUGUCCGGCAAACAAUCAAGAGCAUUGCCGCGUCGGGUUCUGCACCAACAGACGACGAUGCGCUUGUCAAUGCCACCGUUGAUACAGAUGCAGACGUAGCCGAUGAAGAUUUCGUCCCCCAUCCUUCAAAAAGUGACAACAAAGACGCGCAGGUUCUGCCUACCCUCAACGCCCUGGCCACGUUGCCUCGGCCAACUUCGGCGGACCUGUUCGCGCCGUACACAUUCUGGAUAUCGCGUGAAACAUCGCGCGGAAUCUUCGAAUUCCUGGUGCGGUCAUUCGGUGGGCGGAUAGGCUGGCCUGCUUCUUCAGGAAGUGGAUCGCCCUUCGAAGAGGACGAUGAAUCAAUCACUCAUGUCAUCAUUGAUCGGCCGGUCGUCGAUAGACCAGAAGAGACGCCAGAGCAGCGGGAACGGCGCAUGCGGCGCAAAUACAUCCAACCGCAGUGGAUUGCAGACUGCAUCAACGCCGGAAAGAUUCUGUUGGAAGAGCCUUAUGGUCAAGGCAAACCCCUACCUCCUCACUUGAGUCCUUUCGCUGAUCACGCGGACGCCUAUAAUCCGACGACAGUAUCCAGAAGCGAAGAUGCAGAAAUGGCGGAGGCGGAUAGUGACGAGGAAAGCGAAGCAAACGACCUGGGUGACGACACUGCUGAACCAGAAGCUGACAAACCCGAGGCGCCUGUUGCAAAGGUUACUUUGGAGGAUGUUGCAGACCCUGCUGUUUUGCGCGCCGCAGAACUGGCAGCGGAGGCCGCCGGAUUGGACUACGGGACAUUCGAAAAGGAUAUCACGAAAUUGCAGAAGAGGGCAAAGAACAAAGCUAACGCGGGAGCAACGGAGGGACAGGAGGAGGGUGAUAUGAACAAGAUGCUUAUGAGCAAUAAGCAGCGCAAGUUAUAUGAGAAGAUGAAGUAUGGUCAGAGGAAACGAGCAGCGGAGCGUGAAAAGUUGGAGGAGAGAAAGCGGACUUUGGACAAAGCUAAGAAGCGGAAAGAAAAGACAUGAUGUUUUCCUGCUUAUUUGUCAUAUAUGAUGUAUCGAUGGCUGCCUUUCGUUGCAUAACCCUAACCUGAGAUGACCCGUCCAAGGUGGCUUGAGCGUCGGCA